AUGGGAUACGGGAGAGUCUCAAGCAUGGAAGGAGUAGGACCUCUUGCUCAAUUCACAACCAUUAGCCACAGAUUAGAUAAUGAAACUAUCGCUGAUUUUAUGGCAACUGGGCAGUGGAAUGUCGACAAACUGAUCAGGCUUGCUCCUCAGAACCAAUUACCUGCAAUUCUGUCCACUCCAAUACAAAUACAGCAAGCUCAUCCGGACCUGGCAAUAUGGAACCUCAAUUCGAAUGGUCUCUUUACAGUCUCUUCUGCCUGGGAUAUUAUUAGAGAAAAAAGAGCCAAAACCAAGUUUAACUCCAACACUUGGAAUCGUAAUAUUCCCUUCAAAUGUUACUUUUUGUUACGGAGAACAAUAAGAGGCAAACUCCCUACCAACGAAAAGCUGUCUAAGUUUGGAGUCGAACCAAGUGACUACUACUACUGUCAUUCUCCAGGUGCAGACACCAUUGAACACAUUUUUAAUACAGGGAGCUUUGCCAAGAAUGUUUGGAGAUUUUUUGUUGUUCAGUUAGGCAUCCAAACCGACUUUCUGCCUCUUAGAAAUAUGAUCAUGAGGUGGUGGAGUUCUACUCAAUAUAACGAAGCACACAAGCGUAUUCUCCAAUCUACUCCAAUUUUUAUUUGUUGGAAUUUGUGGAAAAAUAGAUGCGCAAAAAAAUAUGGAGGCAAACAAUCCAACAUUGCAACAGUUAAGCACUUAGUGAUUUUGGACACCUUCAAGCUGCUGCACACAACUUUUCCAUAUAUAUCUUGGCCUUUGGGAUGGAACAAGCUUUGCACACUCAUUGAAAAAUGUACUCACGACAUCAAGGUCACUGCUGUCCAGUGGAUUAAACUACCAGCCAUGUGGGUUAAAUUAAAUACGGAUGGGAGUGCCUUGAGUAAUCCGGGCAGCAUAGGAGCAUGGGGUGUGCUCAGGAAUUCUUUGGGAGAAAUUAUCUUUGCAUUUUCAACUCCAUUAGGCGAGGGAACCAAUAACCAAACGGAGGUGGAAGCUGCCUUAUUUGGUUUAUCGUGGUGUGUACAAUUGAAUUAUAUGAACGUGAUCCUUGAAGUGGACUCCCAACUCCUUGUGGAUUGGCUCAUGAACAGCACAUCAACACCGUGGUCUAUCUCACUCCAAAUGCAAAAGCUUCGCCAAAUUGUCACUCAAUUCACUCACUUCAAGUGCAUUCAUACUCUUAGGGAGGCAAAUUUUGUGGCGGACUCACUCUCCAAACACAGCCACCAGCUCUCCAGUCCUGACGUGUACUUCAACGUCUAG